GGCUGGGUGGGUGGUUACUAUCAAGUGGGUGGGGGUGGGAGCAUAAGAACGUAUGUGAAGUCAACAGUAUUGUGAAAAGUUGAAGCUUUCAACUUAGCUGUGGUAUCUUGAGAAUGGAGAAGAAGCCCCAUAUCCAAAUUCCAAGAGUGAGACUUGGAAGUGAGGGGCUGGAGGUUUCUAGAUUGGGCUUUGGAUGCGGGGGACUUUCCGGAAUACUUAAUGCUCCUUUGUCGCAUGAAGCUGGAUGCUCCGUUAUAAAGGAAGCUUUUUGUAGGGGUAUAACCUUCUUUGAUACAGCAGAUUUUUACGGACAUGAUCACGAUAACGAGAUCAUGAUUGGAAAGGCUCUGAAGCAGCUUCCUCGAGAACAAAUUCAAUUAGCUACAAAAUUCGGUAUGACCAUUUCAGGGGAGGGUCAAUGGGGUGUCAAGGGUACCCCUGAGUAUAUACGGAAAUGCUGUGAAGCUAGUCUUAAGUAUCUCGAUGUGGACUAUAUUGAUCUGUACUAUCAGCACCGUGUGGACAUUUCAGUGCCAAUAGAGGAUACUAUGGAGGAGCUCAAGAAGCUGGUGGAGGAAGGAAAGAUCAAAUACAUUGGGCUAUCAGAAGCUAGUGUAGACACAAUAAGAAGAGCUCAUGCAGUUCAUCCCAUCACUGCCUUACAAAUGGAGUAUUCUCUAUGGACCCGUGAAAUCGAAGACGAGAUAAUCCCACUUUGCAGAGAGCUUGGUAUUGGAAUAGUUGCUUACAGCCCUCUUGGUCGUGGGUUCUUUGGUGGGAAGGCUGUUCUUGAGAGCUUGUCCACUGAGAGUAUUUUGCCUAUGUUUCCGAGGUUCACGGGGGAGAAUUUAGAGAAGAACAAAAGUCUUUAUAACAAACUUGCCAACCUGGCUUCAAAGCAUGCCUGCACUACCCCUCAGCUAGCUCUGGCUUGGCUUGUCCAUCAGGGAGACGAUAUAAUCCCUAUCCCUGGGACAACUAAGGUUCAUAAUCUUGAUAACAACAUCGGUUCCUUGGCAUUGAAGCUUACACAAGAGGAUUUGAAAGAAAUUUGUGAUGCUGUGCCCAUCAAUGAAGUGGCUGGUGAAAGAGAGAUGGCCUUGUUAGCUCAGUAUUCCUGGAAGGUUGCAAAUACCCCAUCAAAGUAAAGAGCAAACCUUUGAAGUUGUUGAAAUGUCCAUGUUGUUUGUUGAGGAAUAAUGAAGCAAUUUAUGAUAUCUUGCUGCUAUGUGGUGGGAGAAAUGUAGCAUCGUCAUAUAGUGAUGAGAGCCAUAGUUGUUGGUUAUAUAUAUAUAUUAGCCCAAAACUCAUCUCGAAGAAUAAGUAUAUGAAUGCAAAUGCUUAGAAAAUUACUUGUUUUAUAUAACUUAAAAAUAUACCUAUCCACUCUUUAUUUUUAAAGUGAAAUAAAAUGUCAUUUUGUGUGUU